UUAGUUUCGGUAGCAGCCUCUUAUCAGAGCAUGAGAUUCUCUUCGCCGACCUUCUGCUAGUCUCGCAACCUUGAAAGAAUCAUCAACUAUCGGCGAGAUGUCAUCCUUUUUCUCGUCGCUCCCACUGGAGUUGAAACUGAAUAUCGCCGAACACGCAUCACCAGGAGGCGCGGCUCUUCUCGCCCUCACGACCACAGACCUGUACUACAGUCCUAAGUUCAGUCGAGUAUGGAGACCAUAUCAAGAUACAAAAGCCUUCCACAGAGAACUGCUGAGUGUUUUGGCAAAGGACGUUCCAAGUCUUACUUAUUGCGACUACUGCUGUCGAUUCCAUCCGCGAAGGAGUACACACAAGAUCUGCAUGGACCCAUUCAGACAUUCUUCUUGUCCCGGUAAGACCAGUGGAAUGUGGCUGCACUAUUUCCCCUGGCAUUUCCAUAUCCAGUUCGAGGAUGUGUAUAAAGUCAUGAGUCGACAUCGCUGGGGGCCACAGCAUGGAGAAGCUUUGGACUCGUUGACUGUACAUACGGGUUGGCGGCCACUGCACAUGCGCGUCGGGAUUGGUUUGCAAAAACUUGAUGUCACGCCUCUGAUCAUCGACGACUCGCUCGUACUCGAAACGACACAAAGGAUAUGGCACGAUGGUCAACAAAAGCACAUGCUUCGAACCAACCUUGCACGCCAUCCAUUCAGAUGCUGUCAACAUUGGAAUGAUGGUUGUCACUCGCCAACACAGGUUCCCUCCAACGCUUUCAGUGACUUCGUCGAGACCGAGAUAAUGCAGAAAAACCCACAUCCAUCUGCUCGUCGUACUCGAUAUCCGCAAAGAUGUACCCGCUGUUUGACCGAAUACACAUUCAGUGCGUGGAACCACGGCGAGCGUGGUAUCGAGAUAGCAAUGCAAACAUGGUCCAACUUGGGACCUUGCGAAGAAAGAACCAGCAUAGAAUGGUCGAUUGCAGCAAGCAAUAGCAGCAACAACAACAACAACAACGAUAGAGACAGGCGCCUGAUUUUCGUCGCGCAAAGGCCCAGAUACGUUAGUACUCUGACCAAGAACUAUCUUACCAAAGAAUGCGACACCGAGAUGUAUCAGCCGAUACUGGGAGAUGCUAGCAGGGAGUAUGAGGCUUUGGUAACAAAGGGAUGGGAUCCUGUACAGCUCCAGAAACUACUGCCAUUGUCUUGGCCAUCCGUCGCAAAGAUUAGACAACAAGUUCUGAGAUCAAUGAGUGGGCAAUGGGCGGCGACUUGAUGGUAUGGUCUGUAACGUUUCGAAUCCAAGACACACCCCAACUUGUGGAUGAGCUCAGGUACUCGUGAGUACCAAAAUCGUAUGAGCGCAGUACCGGAUAAUUUAUUCAUAACUUUUCCUUAUGCUUUGAGCUUUCCACUAGGACAACUGCCGAGAGCUGUAGAUUCGAUAAGACAGAACAU